GAGAGGUGAUGGAAGAUGAAGAUGGGGGUAUUUAAGGAAUUUUAAAAUUUUUAAUAUAUAAAUUAAUUAAAAUGACGUGGACUAAGUUAUUUUCCACGUAAUUAAAGAUUUCAAACAAAAAUUGAUUUCGUGGCAACUUAAUGUGCCAUCUGGCACUUCCAUCGACGGAAGGACGAAAUUGGUCCCGAAAAUUGAAGUUCAAGGAUUUUUUUAGUACUUUUUGAAGUUCGAGGGUAGUUUUAGUUCAACAAUGAAAGUUGAGGGACUGAAUCGGGAUGUAACCAAUUACAAAAUCAAAAUACCCAACCCAGCUCUCCGUUACCGUUACUGGCAUAUCCAUUUGGCUAGAAGUGCGCUCUAAAUUAAGAUUUUCUUUAUAUAUUUUGAUUGUUAUUUCAAUUACUAUAUUAAUUAUUAAAGAAAUUAACGUUUAUCAA